CCUCCUUCCCCUCCCUUCACCAAUUCACCACUCCCUUCUCAGUCCUUCUCCUAGCCAGCACCAAACACUUCAUCUCUCUCUCUAUCUCUUGAUCAAUAGAUGGUUGAUUCGAAGCAAGGCCAGUUGAACGGGGCCUACUACGGCCCCCCGGUCCCUCCCCAACGCAACUACCGAAGCGUUGGCCGGCACUCGGGCUGCGGCCCUUGCUGCCUCCUCUGCAGUCUAUUGAAGUUUGUCAUCUCCAUAGUCAUCAUUCUCGGCAUCAUCGUCCUCGUCCUCUGGCUCAUCUUCCGGCCCAACAAGCUCGAAGUCUACGUCGACUCCGCCUCCCUCACCGAAUUCAACCUCGCCAGUAACGACAACCUUCAGUACAAUCUCAGCCUCACCAUGAGCAUCCGCAACCCUAACAAGAGGAUCGGUAUCUACUACGACUACGUCGAGCCUCGGGCCUACUAUGAUGGCCAGCGGUUCGCCUACACCAUCGUUCCUCCUUUUUACCAGGGCCACAAGAACACCACCAUGAUCUACCCAGAGUUUCAGGGCCAGCAGGUUUUGCUCGGGAGCUCGGUCAACACAACGUACAACAGGGAGAAGAGUGAGGGGUAUUACUACGUUGAUAUCAAGUUCUACACCAGGCUGAGGGUCAAGGUGGGGAUCUUUAAGAUCCGAUAUACUAAGACGAAAAUUAAUUGCGACCUGAAGCUUCCGGUGCCGGGAAGCUCGUCGUCCCCGUUCGAGACGACCAAGUGUGAUUGGGACCUCUUCUGAUCAUCAUGAUGUGCUCUAGUUUUCAUGAGAGGGAUUAUUCAUUGAUUUGUUGUUAUUUUUCGUAUAUUUUUCCUCUUGGGAGAGUAUUAUAUAUACGUAUGUAGGGAUUGAUAUGUUGUUGCUUUUUCUUUUAUAUGUCUAUGUAUUCAUGGUUUAUAUCAUGACUUUGUAUUUCACAUAUUUAUGCAGUCGUUUACUUUCAUGUGAAAAAA